UGGGGCUCGGCUCGGCCCCAUAAAGGCGCCCGUCCGCUCGGCCAUCCGCCUGUCCGUCCCAUCCCCGCCCCGCCAUGCCCUCGCCGCCGCCCGCCCUGCCCUGGCUGCUGGCCGCCUGCUGCCUCUGCGCCCUCCCGCGGGGCUCAGGCUUCCCGCAGCCUUUCUCGCGCUACCGGGACGGUGUGGAGCUGCCCCCGAACCAGCAACUGGCACUGUGUUUCAGUCAGUGGAUGGAAAUGUCCGAUCAACCCCAGAUCUCCAGCACUGUUUUGGAUCUCUGUUAUUCCAUAUUCAACAGUAUGCAUAAAAAUGAGGAAUCACAGACUGCUUCUGCAAAGUUUACAAAGAAGGACAGUCAUGGAACAUUGGGUCGGCCUUUCUUCCUUUUCAGGCCUCGAAAUGGAAGAACUAUUGAAGGCAGUGAAUAUCGUGGAAUGUGAAGUUCAUGGAUUCAUUUACGAGCUCGAUGACUUGGUUUACAUAAAGGAAAGAGAUUUCCCAUUGCACUGGUUGUCUAUUAUGUGACUCAGUUGUCUGGAAUUUGCUGUUCCAUGUAAUAAAUUUGC